AGGAGAGAGAAAGAGAGAUGAAUAUAGAGAGAGAUUGCUAAAAAAUCAUAAUGGUUGCUGUCUUCAGUUGUUCUUGCCAAGUCUUGUAAUGCAGUUAAUAGUAUAGAGACUCGUAUUUCCUUUAUUUAGCUCAUUUGACACUACAAAUGCAUGGCACAAUUACCCCCUAAAGCCCCUAACAUGACUCAAAGUUGGCAUUCAUUUCCUUACCACCGCCAGGUCAUGCCAAUGCCCAUACCCAUGCCCUCUGUUACCACCACCGCCACCUCCACAGCGGCUGCUACCGCCGCCGCCGCCCAACAACAACAACAACAACCUUGUUGGGUGGAUGAGUUCCUCGACUUCUCGUCUGCACGGCGCAGCACCCACCGGAGAUCAGUGAGCGACUCCAUCGCCUUCGUCGAGGAAUGCCGGAAUUCUGAUUCUCCAGCUGCGGGAAACCAUGGGUUCGAGGGUUUGGACGAUGACCAGCUCAUGACUAUGUUUCCGGACGACGUGGGGCUGGCGGCGCCACCCACGGUGUCGUCUUCUAAUCCGUCGACCCCGUCUGAUCAGAACAGUAAUGAUGAAGAGAAGCCAACGCCAAUGGACCAUCACAGACAGCAGCACAAAAAUGAGGCCGGAGAGGAGGACAGCUCGUGCCAAUCUGACCCACAGAAGUCAACGCCGUCGUCCGCAGCUGCUUCCGGUGACACCAUUGUUGAUCCCAAGAGGGUUAAGAGAAUUUUGGCAAACCGGCAAUCGGCUCAGAGGUCAAGAGUGAGGAAGCUACAAUACAUUUCUGAGCUUGAACGGAGUGUAACAACGUUACAGACUGAAGUAUCAGCAUUGUCACCGAGGGUUGCAUUUUUAGAUCAUCAACGCCUAAUCCUCAACGUGGACAAUAGUGCCCUUAAGCAACGGAUUGCUGCUUUGGCUCAAGAUAAAAUUUUCAAAGAUGCUCAUCAAGAAGCAUUAAAGAAGGAAAUAGAGAGAUUAAGACAAGUAUACCAUCAACAGAGCCUCAAGAAGAACAUGGGCACCACCACAAACACCACCACACCACCACCGCCAAACUCUGGUUGUACGGACAAAGAUCAGCUUCUCAAUUGAUCACAGAGAGAUGCUGUGGUGUGCAUUCUGCUAACCUGCGCGUUCACGUGAUGUGUUCCCCUCAUUCUAAUGUUUUAUUAGGUGGACCCCAUGACAAGUUGCAAAAUUGCAGUGGUGUGGAGGGACACGUGGACCAUCGAGAUGGAGAUAAGAUGGUUCCACAGUAGUGUCACUGGGUACGAAAGGUUCGUACCCCACAAAUUUUUAAAAAAGGGUUGAUUUUAUUUAAAUAUUUUUAUUGUGAUUAUAAUUUUUUAUUUUCUUCUAAUUUUUAAAUCAAUUUUUGGAUUUAAAAAGGUUGUGGGUUCGUGGGCUUUUGUAUUGGGAUGUAUGAAAGGAGUUGUCAGA